GUACGUAAGUAGAGUAGACUACACGCUCUCACCAAUUAGUCUUAUUGGCGCCCGUCAACUUCCCGUCUACCGGCAUUCAGAGAGACAAGUAGAGAAAGAAAGCGAGUGUUUUCUGGAGCGUAAGCCCAAAUCGAGCUCCGUAAAUUCACUCAAACCUUUAUUUCCCUCUCAAAAACCAUAAAUUCUCGGUUUUACUCUUUCAAUUUUCCCAAUUCAUUUUCUUCUUUCAUAUUCAAAUGGCUUCCCAGCAACACUUGGACGCCAUUAAGGGCGCUAAAAUUCUCAUGGUUGGUGCUGGUGGAAUUGGGUGUGAACUACUGAAAACCCUCGCUCUUUCUGGAUUUCAAGACAUUCACAUAAUUGACAUGGACACAAUAGAAGUCAGCAAUUUGAACAGGCAAUUUUUAUUCCGAAAAUCUCAUGUCGGACAAUCAAAGGCAAAAGUUGCUCGUGAUGCUGUCUUAAAGUUCAGACCUCAUAUAAAUAUUACAGCUUAUCAUGCUAAUGUUAAGAGUUCUGAGUUUAAGAUGGACUUCUUCAAGCAGUUCAAUGUUGUAUUGAAUGGUCUUGAUAAUCUUGAUGCUAGGCGUCAUGUAAACCGCAUUUGCUUGGCAGCUGAUGUUCCCUUGGUAGAGAGUGGGACAACUGGAUUCUUGGGACAGGUAGAUGUGCAUGUGAAGAACAUAACUCAAUGUUAUGAAUGCCAUCCUAAGCCAGCCCCAAAAACAUAUCCUGUAUGUACAAUUACUAGUACACCAUCAAAGUUUGUUCACUGUAUUGUUUGGGCCAAGGAUUUGCUCUUUGCGAAGUUGUUUGGUGAUAAGAAUAAGGAAAAUGAUCUCAAUGUGCGUUCUAGUGACGGUGCUAGCUCCUCAGAACCUUCCGAUGAUGUGUUUGAGCGUAAAAAUGGUGAAGAUGUUGAGUGUUAUGGAAGAAGAAUAUACGAUCACGUUUUUGGCUACAACAUUGAAUUAGCUUUGUCUAAUGAUGAAACAUGGAAAAAUCGUACCAGACCAAAACCAAUAUAUUUGAAAGAUGUUUUAUCUGAUAAUCAGUCUAAUGGAAAUGUGGACAAUGGUGCCAGUUGUGAUUUAUCUUCCAUCUCAGCAAUGCCACCACUUGGGUUGAAGAAUCCACAAGAUGUCUGGAGCCUAGUGGACUACUCUAAAGUUUUCUUAGAGGCGCUUAAACUAUUUUUCUUGAAGAGAGAAAAGGAAAUUGGGAGUGUGAUAUUUGAUAAAGAUGAUCAGCUAGCUGUUGAGUUUGUUACUGCUGCUGCAAAUAUACGAGCUGCCUCUUUUGGAAUUCCUAUGCAUAGUCUAUUUGAAGCAAAAGGCAUUGCUGGUAAUAUUGUUCAUGCUGUGGCAACAACAAAUGCUAUAGUUGCUGGUUUGAUUGUGAUUGAGACCAUUAAGCUGCUAAAUAAGACCAUGGAAAAUUUGAGGAUGACGUACUGUGUUGAGUAUCCAUCUGGAAAGAAGCUUCUUAUUCCAACUGAGCCACUUGAACCUAACAAUGCAUGCUUUGUCUGUUCUAAGACCCCAUUGACACUUGAAGUUAAUGCCUUUCGCACAAAGUUUCGGGACUUCAUUGAGAAAAUAGUUCGGGCAAAGCUGGGGAUGCACUUACCAAUGGUGACAAACGGUAAUUCCUUGAUAUAUGAGUUUGGGGAUGACCUUGAUGAAGAUGAAAUUAGAAUUUAUGAAGCUAAUCUUGAGAAGGUGCUUUCUGAGCUUCCAGCUCCAGUCACUGGUGGUACUGUCAUUGAAGUCCAGGAUCUUCAGCAAGAAUUGUCCUGCCAUAUUAACAUAAAGCAAAGAGAGGAGUUUGAUGAGGAGAAAGAGCCCGAUGGAAUGGUUCUUAUUGGAUGGUCGCAAGCAUCAAGGGUUGAAGAAAAGGAGUCUGUUCAGAAUGGCGCGAGCACGUCAGGUGAAGGUAAUCCAGCGUCCAAGAAAAGAAAAUCACCUGAACUUGCAAAUUCCUCGAGUCCUAAUCCUUGUGAAAAUGAUGUUAAAGGCAAAAUGAAAGAGGUAAUUUUGGACGAUGAUGAAGAUGACUUAACCGUGCUAGACCAUUUGCCUUCUGAAAUGGCCAAGAAGCAAAGAGUGGUAUAAAUCGUUUUGGACUAAUUCAUCCAAAACUAUUUUAUCUUGAUUUUGCAUCAUUAGAGUUCUUGGUAGAUUUUCCUAGCAUUUAACCAAGUUAGACAUGUUCUAGCUUUUGACUCUUAAAAAAGUUAACUUUUGUUUCAUUGUUUUCCAAGGCUGAAAACGUAGAAUGAAUUUAGUAUAUUGUUGCUCUGUAAAUUAUUGGCUGAUGCUCAUUGGCAUUGCUACUGUCUGAAUCUGUUGGAAUCUUGUAUAAGUCGAUGCUUGAAUUUUUGCUAGUUUUAAUGUCUA